AUGAGAGAUCACAUUUCAUCAAAUACGGACCCCAUCCCAUCUACCCGCUCCCGCAAAAAGCAAGCUGAGGUGACGAUCGUCGGUGGCAUGCGCUCAUCUUCGCCCGCCCCGCCGGGCCUGUCGAGCGGGUCGUCUUCUUCUUCGAUUUCGUCCGUGGAGACUUCUUCUCCCACUGGACUUGGGCCAGGAAUCGGUCUUGGAUUUGGAGGCUCUUUGUUUGGGGAUGGAAAUGAUGGUAACGUUUUAGCCCCCGUAAUCACGGCUAUGAACUCUUCGACUUCGGGGAGUAGAACUGGGAAUGGACAAAAUAGCUCCAUACAGCACUCGUCGCGUGCUUCGUCUUUGUCGUGGGGUACUGCUGCACCGUCUGCUGCUUCGGUCGCUUCGGUUGGUAUCGCGGAUCAUCAUGCUGCGCCGCGGACACCUGGAGAGAGUGUUUACACGUGUCUAUUCCAUAUGCUGGAUUGUCAUGAUUCAUUCGAUGAUGUUGUGGAGUGGAAAACGCAUGUCUUGAGUCACUUUCGCACGCAUCCGACGCCACGUACGGCGCGGUGUCCACUCUGUUCUGAUGAGUUUGUUGAUGAGGGCGAUGACGAGUCACUGCUUCUUUCUCCUCUUUCAAUAUCCGAGCCGAACGAUGAGAAAACUCUUAGUCGAGAUAACGAGGGCUCGAUCAACUCAGCGUCUGUCCUCUCUCAAGAUAAGGAUGAUGAUAAUCAAAGCCAAGCCCAAUUCUCGGAUUCUGCCUGGAAUCGCAUGCUCAAUCACGUCGCUGAAACCCAUUACCAGCAUGGUCAGACGUUAGCGGGAAGUCGACAGGACUUCGAGCUCAUGCGGCACCUCUAUAACCGGCGCAUCAUUUCUGAUGCCCAGUUCAAGGCUAUGCAGCUCGCGCCUGCACCGUCGAGUCCGGCAUAUCAUCGUUCGCAGGAUGUCGGAGGAGGGAAGAGAGGAUGA